AACAGCGUGGGCAAAGAUUACCCGAAUAAUCCCUCGCCAGUCUUUUCCUGGAAAACGGUUACAAUCAUAUUUGUUAGUCUGUUAAAGCGGAACGUUCAUGCCGGAAUUAUUGUUCCCACCCGGUAACCGAAAAAAGGUCUAGGAAUUCCUUCCGGUCCCGUCGCUUAUCAAGCUUAUGCUGUUCUAGCUUUUAGGCUGCUUGGGUAUCAUUGAUUUACUUUCGCAGAGAAGAUGGGAAAAUGUCGGUUCUUGAAAACUGCGGCUCGACAGUUGGCCGGAACAUGCCCAGCCCAAGCGCGAUUUUUGCUAUGGACACUCAGCAACAUAGAAGGCAAAAAGGAACAUCUGGUAAAUCCAGUGUGCUACUACUGUUUCCAGUUUCUUUUUCCCAAAAACUAUAGAAUGCGUCUGUUGCCCAAAAUGAAAAUAACAUCAAGGAUAGAAAAAAUACUUAAUCUGGAAAAAAAAAAUUACAGACUUAGUUUAAAGCAAACAAAGUUCUUGAGGAAAUACAAGGAAUCAAAGAAUGCCCUGCUAAUUACCUGCAAUUCGUGCAAAAAAACAACAAGGCAUUAUGGAAUGAGUAGAGAAGAAUUCAACUUAAAAACACCAAAUUUGAAAAUAUUAUCAAACAGAAGUACACCUCUUAUCAAUAAGAACUCUGGAUCCAAAAGAGGGAAGUCAUCUUCAGGCCUCAGAACUACUACAGUUGGAUUACAUGAUUUCUCUAGGACACAGAGUAAAGCCAAAAUCCUUUCCAGUCAAUUAAGAAAAGUGCUUAACUUUGAAGAAGAUAAAAACAAAAGGGGAAACCUGAAGAAUUUCUUAAUGUCACUAUAAAAACUUAAAACAAAGAAGAGCCUAUAAUUACAACUGUACUACAUAAAACUGUAUUUAUACAGUUUGCACAAUGCACCCUGAACCAAUCAAUAUGCAUAUGUUGCCAUAAGGAACAAAAAUGGGAAAAUGCGAAUGGUUAACUAUUACUACUUUUACGUUUCAAAACGUAUCUUCAAAAUAAAAUUGGUCUGAACUUAAAACUCAUAAUACGUUGUGAUGGAAAAAUAAUAGCAAUAGCACUUAGACGUAUAUACUGCUUCACAGUGCUUUACAGCCCUCUCUAAGUGGUUUACAGAGUCAGCAUAUUGCAUCCCUCUCCAAACAAUCUGGAUCCUCAUUUUAUAAAUUAAAAUUUCUUC